CCAUUCGCUCGCGAUUCAGACGCCACUACCACAGCGCGAUCGAACCCCUCCCAGUUACUCCCGUGGCUUUUGCCACGAACAUCAGGCAACAAUCUCCAAAUAUGUUAGCGCUCACAUGAAAUAACGAGAGAGAGCGUCACAUCAUAUGUUUAAAUGAUUCACCGAGGAUGUGAGAGUCACGGAUGCGGCGAUCGAUGAGUGUUUCUGUCGCAGGCUCAAACAGACGAUGAUAUUUGACAAGACCCACAGCUAUUGGUGAUGACGCGGUCCCGCUAUGGGGCUCCCGUGAACGGCCUGGGCGUCGAGUAUGUUGACUGCCUGUCAGCAUGACGCCGUUGGACCUGUGGCUUUCCCGCUCCAUCCCCAUGUGUCUGCUGCUGCAGAGCCUGGUGCUCAUGGUCCUGUGCUUUCCGUCUGCCAGCACCUGUCCCAAGGGUUGCACCUGCCAGCGCUCCGAAAGCCCUCCGCACGGCCUCAACGUCACCUGUAGUCUGUCACGCUUGAAGGAGAUCCCACCUGACGUCCCCCCAGACACCCAGCUGCUGCAGCUGGACCGAAACCACAUAUCUCUAGUGCCCGAUCGCAUAUUUCAUGGCUUGAGGAUGCUUCGGAGGCUCAAUCUCUCCCAUAAUGCCGUGGAAACCCUCGGCGAGGGGGCAUUCGUCGGUUUGGAGGGCUCUCUGGAAGUACUGGACCUUUCCCACAACCGAAUCACUAGCGUGCACAAGGACGCAUUCGCACGGCUGAAGGCACGUGUGAUGGUAGACAACAACCCUUGGCAUUGCGACUGCGCCCUGCAGCAGGCGCUGGGUGGCAUGGCGCACAACCAUGAGGCCGCCACGCGCGUGCUGUGCCGUAGUUCGGAGCUGAGGGACCAAGAGGGCCAGCCGUUCCUGGCCGUGGAUGCAGACUUGUGCAACCUGGCCAAGCGGACCACCGACUAUGCCAUGUUGGUGACCAUGUUCGGCUGGUUCGCAAUGGUUAUCUCUUAUGUUGUGUACUAUGUACGGCAGAACCAAGAAGACGCAAGACGACACCUUGAGUACCUGAAAUCGCUUCCCAGCAAGCCCAAGAAACCGGACGAACUAGAGGACAUCAGCACGGUCGUGUGAUGUUACAAAGAUCGCAUGAUCCUAGAGACUAAAGGCCCAUUCACACCAAGGAUGAUAACUAUAACAAAAACGAUAAGAGAAUGCGGAAGUUCACACCACAGCUACAAUGAUAACAGUAUAUUGUUGCAAUCUAGUGCUGUCAAAUGAUUAAUUGCAAUUAAUCGCAUCUAAAAUAAAAGUUUUUAUUUACAUAAAUAUAUGCAUGUACAUACAUGUAAACAUUUUCAAAAUAUGUUCUGUAUGUGUGUGUAUUCAUAUAUACAUAAUAAAUAUACACAGUACACAUUAUGUUAAUAAAAACUUUUAUUUUGGAUGCGAUUAAUAGUGAUUAAUCGUUUGACAGCACUAUUGAAAUUACUUUUAGAGCAAUGUUUUCAAGGUGGUAAAUGAUAAAAACAUCUACAGGAAAUCAGAAUCCAUCUGACUUUAAAGAGCUUGAGUAUUCAAAGCAGCAGAUGAUGAAACGGCAGCGUUAUCAUCAGAACAUUGUCU